AAUUAUUGGGGAGAUCGGGUAGCUCUGAAAUGCGUUUCUUGUUUGGUGCUCCAGUGACAAUUCACACAAACCCUCAGACAGUAGAUAUAAAUGUUCGCGAUAAGACGACGAACAAAAUAGAUAAGGUUCAACUACUCGACUAUAUAGCAAGCACCUGUCCGUCUUUAGUUGGAUACUAUACUAAGUAA